AUGAAGGUACAACCUCUGAAUUGCACGGGAGAUAAAGCCAUUCGAAUUCCCCACGAAUGCGUGGUAACCAAGUUCUACCAACAUCUCUUGGCUUUAGUCUUUGCCGUGAAAGAGAUCAACAAGGAUCCUCCCAUCUUGCCCAACGUCACUCUUGGAUUCCACAUCUAUGACACCUAUUCUGAUUCUCGAAUGACCUACUGUACCACUCUGGACCUGCUUUUUAAAUUGCAUAAAAUUGUCCCCAACUAUAUUUGUGGAACCAGAAAGAAAAUUGUGGGGAUCAUUGGAGGGAUGAGCCCUGAAACGUCCAUACGCAUGGCAGAAAUAUUGCAGCUUUUCAAGAUCCCACAGAUUUCCUAUGGUUCAUUUCAAUUGACAGUGGCUGAUGAAUCACGUUUCCCCCCUUUUUAUCGCAUGGCCCCCGAUGAAGCUCUCCAGUACGAGGGUUUAAUCCAGCUCCUCCUGCACUUUGGAUGGAGAUGGGUAGGACUUGUCAUUGUAGAUGACAAACAUGGGGAACAUUUCAUACAAACUCUGGAACCCAUGUUCUCUCAAAAUGAAAUCUGCUCCGAAUUCACUGAAAGGGUUGAGAGAAAUUUCCAUUUUUAUGAAUUAUCUGGGAUAAUUGAACAAGCUGCGCAGCAUAUUACCAUUUUCAAAGAGAAAGUGGCCAAUGCAGUUGUCAUAUACGGAGAAAAUAUAGUCUUUAUGUGGCUUGCCUCUACUAUAGUGCUGACCAAAUUUAUUCUUCCAACAACUUCUGAUUUUUUAGAGGACUUUUGUAUGAGAAAAGUGUGGAUCACGAUGGCCCAAAAUGACUUUACAUUACAUUCCUUACAAAGGGUUCUUGAUAUGCAAAUGUUCCAUGGGGCCAUUUCAUUCUCAAUUAGCAAAAAAGAACUUCCAGGUUUCCGACAAUUUGUACAGGCUGUCACCCCAUCUGGGGCAAAUGAAGAUGGCUUUAUGAGAGAUUUCUGGCACCAAGCUUUUGACUGCAUACCACGCAAUCAUGGUGCUUCUCAAGGUGAGGAAUGUACUGGAGAGGAAAGGUUGGAGGACCUUCCCGCACCCUUCUUUGAAACUAGCAUACUUGGUCAUAGUUAUAGUAUCUACAAUGCUGUCUAUGCUUUGGCUCAAGCCUUACAUGCUGCUCACACAAUUAGGACACAUCAGAAGAGACAAAAGGAUGGGGAUCAAAUGUGGUCAAAGAUUGUAGAACCUUGGCAGCUCCACCCAUUCCUGCAGAGGAUCUCCUUCAACAACAAUGCUAGAGAUGAAAUUAAAUUAAAUGAAGAUGGAACAUUACAAGCCGGAUUUGACAUUGUGAACCUGAUUACUUUCCCAAACAACUCUUACAUCAACAUCCCAGUUGGAGAAAUGGACCCCCAAGCUCCUACAGGAAAAACCUUCCACAUACAUCUAGACAAAAUCCAGUGGCAUCAUGAAUUCACUCAGCUGCCUCCUUCCUCAUUAUGUAAUGACCCUUGUCCUCUGGGGAAAAUAAAGAACAAGAUUGAAGGCCGGAAAUUUUGCUGCUAUGCUUGUGUUCGGUGUCCAGAAAAGAUGAUAUCCAGACAAAUGGACAUGGAGAAUUGUGCACGUUGUCCAGCGAAUCAAUUUCCAAACCAAGCUCAUGAUGAGUGCAUUCCAAAAUCACUGAAUUUCCUCUCCUUUGAAGAACCACUAGGCAUUACUCUGGUUUCUCUGGCUCUUCUUUUUUCCCUGGUUACAGCUUUGGUGUUUACAAUCUUCAUUAAGCAACAGGACACUCCUAUUGUCAAAGCCAACAAUCGCAACAUCACCUACCUUCUACUUACCUCCCUAUUUCUCUGUUUCCUCUGCUCACUUCUGUUCAUUGGACAGCCCAAUAAGGCCACCUGUCUACUCCGACAAACAACAUUUGGCACCAUCUUCUCUAUUGCAAUCUCUUCUAUAUUGGCCAAAACCAUCACAGUUGUUGUAGCAUUCCUAGCAUCAAAGCCAGGAAGCCUAUUCCACAAAUGGGUGGGGCAAAAGUUGGCCUAUUCUAUUAUCUGGUUCUGCUCCUUCAUUCAACUAGGUAUUUGUAUUGUUUGGCUGAGUACUUCUCCUCCAUUUCCAGAUUUGGACAUGGUGACACUACAUGGAGAAAUCAUAGUUGAAUGUCAUGAAGGCUCCAUCGCCAUGUUUUACUGUGUCUUAAUCUAUAUGGGCUUCUUGGCUCUUCUCAGUUUCAUUGUGGCCUUCCUAGCCAGGAAGUUGCCAGAUAGUUUCAAUGAAGCCAAAUUCAUUACUUUCAGCAUGUUGGUUUUCUGCAGCGUUUGGUUGACCUUUGUCCCCACCUACCUGAGCACCAAGGGGAAAUACAUGGUGGCUGUGGAGAUCUUCUCUAUCCUGUCUUCCAGUGCUGGCUUACUGGGAUGCAUCUUCAUCCCUAAAUUCUAUAUAAUUAUAUUGAGGCCUGAGCUCAACACUAGAGAGCAAUUAACACAUAAGAAAUAG